AUGCACACGCAAUGGGCCGCAUUUCGCGAAGAAAUGACAGACAUUUCAUCGAUAGUUGUACCUCGCCGAGUAAUUGCUAACGACGCGAUUCAGAUCGAGCUUCAUGUCUUUUCGGAUGCCUCUGAAAGAGCCUACGGGGGGUGUAUCUACCUGCGUACGGUGGACACCGCCGAUAACGUAACAGUCCGCCUACUCUGCUCAAAAUCACGGGUGGCACCACUAAGGGCGGUAACCCUAUCCUGUUUGGAACUGUGCGGUGCUCUACUGGCCGCCCAAUUGACGGCGAAGGUUAAAGUCGCGUUUCGAAUUCAAUUUUCCGGCGAAUGUUAUUGGUCGGACUCCAUGAUAGUUCUCGUGUGGCUUAAGGGUCCUUCCAAUAGGUGGAAAACCUUUGUGGCGAACCGCGUCUCCCAGAUUCAGCAAAUAAGAAAUUCUGGACAUUGGAAUCACGUACUGUCACCUGACAAUCCCACUGAUAUAAUAUCGCGCGGUGCCAGUCCUAGCGCACUGACCGAGUGCCGUCUAUGGUGGUUCGGACCCGCUUGGCUUGCACAGGGGGAUAAUCAUUGGCCGUCGGUAGUGGCCUGUCCCCAGGAGAUUCCCAAGGCACGGCAAGCCAGCACUUGCCUAACAGUUGCGCAUCAAGGCAAUCCACCCUCUGAUCUCUUCUCGCGCUACUCCUCCUACUCAAAGUUGCGUAGAAUCACGGCCUACUGUUUAAAGUUCACCAAAGCAGUCGCAAACAAGCUUCGGAAACCACCGUCGCAGCCCUCGAACACGCAAAGAAGUCCGGUCAGCUCGCAAUAUCUAACCACGCGUGAACUGCACGAUGCUGAAAGGGUUCUAAUAAAGUUCGCCCAAAGAGAGCAGUUCGGCCUAGAAUUCACCUUGCUUAGUGCACAAAAAUCGCUAACACCUAAAAGCCCAUUGCUAUCGUUGAGCCCGUUCUUGGAUGAAAACGGACUAAUCAGGGUGGACGGUCGUCUUAAAAAUGCGCCCAUCCCUUACGAUCAGAGACACUCAUAA